UCCCCUUUAAAUCUGGCGUUUUAUAGGCGCACAGCGCCCUCUGCUGUACAGGUAUAUAAAACAUUUUAAACCCGUGACUCUAUUUAAUUUUCUUUGCCAAUCACAUUCUAACAUGUCAUUUCCUACUAAAGCACAGUGUGUCAAUAUUUAUUAGGAAGUGAAACUGCUUGCACCUGUCGCUUGCUUUUUUCUCUUUGCUCGCUUAAUUUGCUCUCAAUUAAACAAUUUCUAUUUCUGUGUUUUCAUCAUUUUUUACAUUGUGCCCUCGUGUCGCUGUGGUUAAAUGGCACUUGAAGAGGAUCUGUCGUGUCCCGUUUGUACUGAGCUCUUCCGUGAGCCCGUGUUAUUAAGCUGUGGACACAGUUACUGCCGUGGGUGCAUUACCGAUCAUUGGACGACGAGCCGCUCCAGAAGCUGCCCGGUCUGUCGCCAGCUCUCCCCCCACGAGCCUCUCUCCAAUCUGAGCCUGCGCAACGCCUGCGAGACGUACCUGAAAGAACGCAGGUCCGGCAAAAAGAAGGACGAGGGACUUCUGUGUCACAUACACGGAGAGAAAGUUCUGCUCUUCUGCCAAACAGACGAUCUGCCCAUAUGUGCGGAGUGUAAAAAACACGAACACAGAUACCACAAAACACAGACACUGCAGCAAACUGUGCGCAUGCGCAAGGGGAAGCUUAAAGCAGCUCUACGUCCUGUUGAGAAGACCCUGUCAUCAUUACAAAAUGGUACAUCACAGGAUGCUGACAUCUCUAAAUACAUUCAAACACAAACUCGGCAGACUGAGAAGAAACUCAAGGAAGAGUUCAGGAAGCUCCAUCAGUUCCUCAAAAGGGAGGAGGAAAGCAGUAUAGCUGCUCUGAAUAAAGAAGAGACAGAAAAGAGAGGAAAGAUGGAGAGAAGAAUAAAGGGAAGAAUACAGUCACUCUCAGAUAUGAUCAGAGAGGUGGAGGAGGAAAUCAUGGAUGAUGACAUCAGCUUCCUUCAGAAUUACAACAGCAUUAUGAACAGAAUUGAGUACACGAUCCUAGAUCCAUGGCUGUGUUCAGAAGCUUUAAUUGAUGUUUCUAAACAUCUGGGAAACCUGAAGUACAAAGUGUGGGAGAAGAUGAUGGACAUCUGCCCUUAUUAUCCCAUGACUCUGAACCCAAACACAGCUGCACCAUGCUUCUCAGUAUCUGAUGAUCUGACCUCUGUGACCUCGUGUGUCCAUCAACAGGAUGAUCCCAACCCUCUUGGUUUCUACAGAAACUGGUUGGUGUUGGGAAAUGUGGGAUACAGUGAUGGAGUUCAGACAUUCACAGUUGAGGUGGGAAACAGUCGAAACUGGACCCUUGGAGUGUGUCUUGAACCUUUGACCAUUGUAAACAACGUCUACGCUGUCAGACGUAAUGGAGACUUGUACAAUUUAAUGACCACUCCGAUAAUGUUUAAGGUGAAGACGAAUCCCAAAGUAGUGCAAGUGAAGAUAGAGGAUGAAUAUGACCUGUGGGGCAGAAGUUGGAGGAAAGUGAGUUUUAUUGAUGUUAAAACUGAUCGCCAAUUUGCACAAUUUACUAGACUGCCUUCAGGGGGGAAACUCUUUCCAUUUGUGAUCCCAGAAGAGCAUUCCUGUCCGCUGCGUUUAGUCCCGGUUGAUGUAGCAUUGACUACUGAACAGACUGAGCAAAAACUUUCAUUGCAGCAGAAACAUAAAGUCUUCCUAUAUGUUUGUUUUUCUAUUAUGGUUGUAUUGGUGGUUCUGACAUUGAUUGUAAGGGGAAUACAUGAUUAAUUGGAUGAAUUGGGUAUUUAUGUUAUUUCAGUAGAUAUUUUCUUGUCAAGUAUACUAGUUUAAACCCAGCUGGAGACUUGACUUGACAGUAGUGACGUGGAAGCAAAGGGAGAAAUGCUUUUAGAAUUUACUUUUAUUAUGUAAAUUAGUUUUGGAGUUUCAGCAGUCAGGUGCUUUGUUUCUGAUGUGUUUGUUUUCUUUGUUAAUGAUGGUUAUAAUCAAACAGUAACUUAUUUGUGUGUUUUAUUUCUACACUUAUAUAUUUAAUUAAUAUAUUUAUUUAUAUAUAUAUAUAUAUUUUAAAAUAUACAGAAAUGGCCAAAAAUAUAUUUGUGAAAAAUACAUUUUUAUAAACAUAUUUCUAAAUACCUUUCACCAGAUAUUUUUUGCCAUUUUUUUGUAUAUUUAAAAAAAAAAAUUUGCUCUGUGGGUGGAUGCGUGCUCUUUUUUAAAAGCAGAACCAAAAGUAAAACUGUCGCAAGAAACUGAUAGAGCUGAGAGCAGCGGGAACGUUUCUAACGGUAUGUACAUUUAUACAUCUGUAAAAGUUUGUCUACUCUGUAGUUAGUGACUUAAAAUUUUGUCUUGUGUGUUUACUGUUUUGUUGCCCUCAUCAUAUGAGUACAUGACGUUUGAACAAACAUUUAAAUAAAAAUCUUGAUUUGGGAGCAAA